CUGUCUGCAAUAGGACCUUGCAGGUAGCUGUUUAGUUCAGCCUCAAAAGCCUGCUGUUCUGUCAGAUCAGAUGUUGCAACAGGCUCAGUGUAGGACUUCUUAAAAUAGCUGCCCAGUGUCUUCUUAGUGAGCAUAGUGAGGCUCAUAUAUGGCUCAGAUGUGCGGCUGGACCACAGGUCAGUGGUAGUAGCAAAGUAUCUCACGUUCUUUAGCUCAUUUUCCAGCUUUCCACGGCACUCUUCGUAAAGCUGGGACAGUGCGGUUCUGGAGAAGUAUUUUCUGCCCGGAAGUUCGUACCUGGAGUCAAGCACUUUAAUUAAUUUCUUAAAACCGUCGUACUCCACUGUGUUUAGGGGCAUCAUGUCUUUCGCCAGAAAGAAUGAAACGGCUCUCGUUAUAUCCUUGCUCCUUUUGAAACUCACUUCAUAAGGAGUAAUGGCCACAAAGGACGACGCAAUCGAUUUCUGCUUUGGUACAGCCCCGCUGCUAGUGCUACUUGUUGAUGGAGUAACGUUAGCAUCAGCCCGCAUGUUAAUGCUUUCAGUGUGUUCACAGGGAUGACACUUUUUUAGGUGAUGGAAUAGGUUGGUUGUGUUACCAGUUUUGGUUUUGACCGGACUACGACAUAUUUUACAGAUCAUUUGAAUCUGCGCCUUGUCGCUCUUCAAAAAGCCAAACCACUUCCAUAUAACCAAAUUUGUGCUACCUUGUUUGUCGACAAUUUCAUCAUUUUUGACUACUUGCUCGAUGUUUGUCUCACUUUUGCCACUGCUUUCACUCAUUUUUGUGGUCCUCGUCUCCAGCUUGUUUUGCAAAGUGCCGUAGGAAAUUAGCUAACUUUGUUCUCUGAUGUGCACGUUUAAAGCUGCAUGUUGAUUGGCUGUUGUCGCAUAUUGCUGCUGUGUGAUUGGCUCUUACAAAUCCAUAUCAAGUAAAAAUGCCGAGAGCUUAUCAUCGUUAUUGAUAUCGAUUUUAUUGCGAUUCGAUAUUAUAUCGUUUAUCGGCACAGUACUACUCCUGAAUCACUCAAUAUGCAGAGGAGGACAACAUCAACAGUGUACAUGUGUGUGUAAACCUGCCAACACACUCAUAACGGGCUGAGUUUACAUACCUGUGCACAUCCAGUACUAUCCCUAUCAGUGAUGAUUUAUAAUGGAAUGUCUCAUAAUAUAGCUUGAUUUUUGCAUGGAACAUAUAACCUGGUUACUCAAAUAUGAUCCUUACAUAGUGUUGUAAGCAAAUUACCCACAGGGUCAGAAAAGCAAAAAGACAUGAAAAACAUAUCACACAAUACCAGUGUCCUUCCACAGUCUGUCUGUAGUCUCCUCCUGCAGUGCCUUUUUUUUUUUUUUUUUUAACAAUGAGGGAUACAAGCAACUGUCUGUAUGGCCUAUAUCUAAAAACUGCAGUGUCUUGAAUUGAUACUGCAGAUGUACCUUUAUUUCUCUGAUCCCCUCCCUCAUUUUUGCAGCUUUGGGACCCAACCUUUCAGUGAAAGUCUAUAAUCAUUGGGCAACCCCGUGCUAAUCUCCCUCUUUUCAAGUGUGUCACCAAACGUCAUGAGUAGUUACACAUCAAUUAAUUCAUUCAUUCAGAGGAGGAGACCGUCCCGAGUGAAGACUUACGUCUGGUGUCACGUGGAUGAAGCGACAAACGACGAAGAGAAGUGCAAGUGGUAGCAGUGACUCUGAAGAGAUAAGAUGCAUCAGUCUGGACACGUAAGACAAAACAGUGAAGAAUGUCUGUCUUCAAGUCUUCAAGAUGCUGAAGUUAGGAAACUGGCUCCAUCGUCGCCUGUGUAUUCGAGUGCCAAGUCCCACACAAUGAUCUCAUCCUCACAACACUCCUCGAAGCUGAGGUAUGUGUCUCUGGGAGUGCUGGUUGUGCAGUCCACCUCGUUGGUGCUCAUCAUGCGCUACUCCCGCACCCAGAAGGAAGAUGGCCCUCGCUACUUGGCAUCCUCUGCCGUGGUGUCGGCUGAGGUGCUCAAGAUCCUCGUCUGUACCUUUCUCGUGUUUAUGGAGAACAAUUUCAGUGUGCAGGCAAUGAGCCAACUGUUCCAGGAGAUUGUGAACAAGCCCAUGGACACCAUGAAGCUGGCCAUUCCUGCAGGGAUCUACACACUGCAGAACAAUCUGCUCUAUGUUGCCUUAUCCAACCUGGAUGCAGCCACCUUUCAGGUGACGUAUCAGCUGAAGAUUCUCACCACAGCGCUGUUUUCCAUCUCCAUGCUGGGCAAAAGGUUGGGCUUGAACCAGUGGCUCUCGCUGCUCUUCCUCAUGGCUGGAGUUACACUAGUGCAGUGGCCAAGCGAGCCUCAAGGUGGCUCAGAACAGAAGACCCGGUCUGCAGGCUCCCAGCUUGUAGGACUGAUAACCGUGCUGAUGGCCUGUGUGUCUAGUGGCUUUGCUGGAGUUUACUUUGAGAUGAUCCUCAAGGGAACUAAACAAAGCCUGUGGGUCCGUAACAUCCAACUGGGUUUGUUCAGCUUUAUCUUUGGCUUCAUAGGAAUGAUGGCGUAUGACGGCCAGAGCGUUUGGCAGUCAGGAAUGUUUCAGGGAUACAAUAUGAUCUCCUGGACAGUCGUUAUCUUACAGGCUCUGGGCGGACUGAUCGUAGCAGUGGUCAUUAAAUAUGCAGACAACAUCCUCAAAGGAUUUGCAGCAUCUGUGUCCAUCAUCGCGUCUGCUUUUACUUCGUAUCUCUUCUUGGGGGACUUUAAUCCCACUGGUGUGUUUUUCCUAGGGGCAACGCUGGUUAUUGCUGCUACAUUUCUUUACAGUUAUGACUGCAAACCUGCCAGUAACAGCGCAGUCCAAAUAUAAACCUCUAUGCUACCUGACAUAGAUGGAGCAGGACUCCAUGAACCAUGACAUUAAGUUUGGCAUGUAAAAAUUACAAAUGUGAGAAAUGUGGAAGUCAUCAAACUUGUUACUGACAAUCAACUACAGCUGGAGACGGCUGGGAAUGAGGUGCCACCAUCACUCCUAUGGAAAAAUGCUGCAUUGCACAAGAUAGGGGUUAGUAAUAUGAAGUAUAUUUCUUUUGUUGUAUUUUAUAUGUGUUGUGGGAUUUGGGAAAAGAUUAAAACACAAAAGGCGUUGUUGCCGUGAGCAUCUGCCUCAGAGAGAGUAAAUCCUUGACAGACCUUCCAUCUACUGGUGGAAUGAAGAGCAAAUCUGCUGCAAAGAGGAGGGGUUACCUCUGAUCAAAGAUGCUGAAUAUUUUUUAUAUGAGAUGAAAUAGGAUGGGAUGUGAAUUCUUUGACCUUGCUUCUCACAGUUGGAGUAUUUAUUUCAAAUGCAUUCAUCUUGCUGUCAUUUAAAUGCAAAGUAAAGGUUUUCAUGUGAGAACAAAUGAAUAAUUAAAAGCAUAUUUUAUGCUAAAAACAAGCAGACCUGCCUUGAUCUUU